AUGUUAGGAAUCGAUCCGCAUUCAAAUGCACAUCAAUCACCAUUAUUUCAUCAGAAUAAUAAAGAUGGAUUUCAUUUGGGACAUUUUGAUCGUUUCGUUAAUGGAUAUGGAGAAAUUUUAUGCUCCGAAACUGGUUUGCGAUACAUUUUCGGACCGGAAUCAAUUGAUCUUGGACCAUGUUGUAAUCCGUGCGAUGAAGAUUGGAUAAGGAUUCUUAAAAAUGAGGAUGUUUUAGUCUUCUCUCGAGGAUACACCUACUCUUGUCGAGAUGAAUUUCUACAAACCGCUAAACAGGUCAUAAUUCCGGAAACACAUAAUGAUCGUGGUUUUCUUGGUGUAGUAUUACGUGAGCGUCAUCCUAGUUCAACUGAAGGUGCUACAGCCGCUUUUCUAUGUCCACCCUUUGGUAUUAUCAAAUUGCAUAAAUUUGCAUUUGGUUAUAAUUCCCAUAUUUUAUGGCCACCAGUGGUUGGUACACGGUUCUGGGUCGUGUUGGAUGAGAGGCAAUCCACAAAUAGAGUAUGGAAAGUGGAUGGUAAAGCGGAUGACGUUGAAUUUGGUCUUGGAGGUACACUAAUUAAUAUACCAAAGCUUCAUCUGUGGCAGUGGAAUAAAACAUUCAAUGAGUCGGGUAUAUUCUCAAUUGCAGAUUUCGUUUCGAAAACUGCUGAAAGUACGGCCCCUUCAAAUGAAAGCGAGAACAAAUGCCAAGUUAAUUCAAAUAUAUCAACUACAGUCUGUGCGACUACUGAAGUCGCCCAGAAUUAUGAGCGGAGGGAGAUUGAAGACAACAAGAAUGCAAGAACUAGUCGUGCUGCCAUCAAUUUGUUACUAGAAAUACUCAAUGAUCAGAACAUAAGAGAUCUAGUUGUUGAAAGACAUCAAGAAGCUUUUGAGAAUUAUAUAAUUGAAACAUUCCAUCGGUAA